AUGUCGACGACCUCCAAGCGUAAGCGUGCAAGGAAGGCCUGCAUUCCAUGCCACCAGCGGAAACGGAAAUGCGACAACCAAUAUCCUUGCAGCAUGUGUACCACUUACGACUAUAACUGCAGAUACGACAAGGACCUGACAGGAACUGUGGGAGAAAGCGUUGAUGUCCCACCCCAAGCUAAGCGCAUCAGCCUUGAUGGCAGAAGUCGUUUGACCAACCAGCCACACGUAGAGCAAGGCUCCCACGAAGCCAAUAGCUCAUCGACAAAAAGUCCCGCCACUGUGACCAGCACAUCACCUGGAAUCUUUGACGACAAUAAGUGCAGAUACACCGGGGCAUCAGCGGCCAUGACUUUUCCACAUGUCCUGGGCGUUAGUCUCGGUGCUGACAGUCCUCCGCGAUUGCGGUCAUGCGCCUACAACUUUGGCAACCGACCAGACGAGGCUUCAAACACCCACAGCUUUCUCGGAGAUCUGAUCUCCGAGGAGGACGUCGGCUACUAUGCGGGGGUUUAUUUCGCUGUCAUGAACCCGAUCGGCGACAUCUUGGACCCAAGAAUAUUCGCCGAUCGAUGUCACCAAUAUUACAACGGCGUUUCUAGCACAGACAUUGCAUUUGCUGCUGUGGCUGCUGGCGUAGCCUGCCUCGGGUCCUUUCUCUCAUCCAACAGACAUGCACGGGAGACUGACCUGGUGCGAUACGCUAAGGCGAUUCUCGAUGAUCCAUCGUCAAUACGCACGCUAAAUAUUGACCACAUACUCGCAUGGGACAUGCGAGCAUUCUACCUUCGCGCCACAAGCCGCCCCAAGAAUGCCUGGAUUGCCUCCUGUACCGUCAUGCACCUGUGUGAAACAGUUGGGUUGCACGACGAAGCGAGUAUCAAGAAGAUGGCAUCCAAGGCCGGCUCUGCUGUUCUUGGGCUUGAUGCCGACCGACUGAGGAGAAUCUUUUGGGUCUCUUGGGCUGGACACAAUAUGUUAUCCUAUGAGCAAGAUUGUUCUGCUGUAAACUUUCGCUAUGUGACUUGUCAGUCUUUUGUAGCAACACCAGGGUCCGUUGCCGACCAGUUCGUCCGAUUAGUCCAACUUACCCCAGCCCCGAACUCCCCGUUUCGUCUCAAAUGGGAGCCUUCGAAUCUGAGUGAGGAACUAUUUGAACGUCUAAAAGCAGUGACUGAACUCCAGGUCAAACAUCCAUUUUUGGUGGUGACCGCGGCAGACAUCGCCUUUUGCUUUUAUCGUCGCCUGUACCAGGCUCAGACGGGGAUCUCAGAUGAUUUUAUCAAUCUCGUCAUUGAUUGCGGUAACGCAGGGGUUGAGGCAGCCGAGAAGCUCGCUAACGAGGGUCAUUUAUUCUGGAACAUCCUUGGCAGCGUCUUCCAAUUUGCUUGUGUUCUGUUGGCUAUUGACAGGCCGAUUGCCUCCGCUCACAUCGGCACUGUCUUCAAGGGUUUGGAGAACUUAGUCAAGGCGGCCGAUACAACACUGACGCGCGAGGCAUUAUCAAUAGCACGACAUCUACUCAGCCUCAAGACGGCUAGAAAGCGCAAGGAGCUGGCUGAGCUGGAAGCGAUCGAGGCAGGCUAUCAAUUUGGUCUGACACCACCGGGACCAGAGGCCAGUGUCUCUGUGCCUGACAUCAGCUGGGAUCUAUACUGGGAUCAGUUCUUUAUUGAGCCGUAUCUGUCGAUGCCUGGUGGAGGUAUCUAG